AUGGGCAGCUUGCUACCGUUCGACGUACAGUGGGGAAUAUGCAGGGGAGGCAGCCUUAGCAAGAAGGACCUCUGCAGUAUUGCCCGCGCUUCCAAGUCAUGGCAUGAGGUGGCCACCCCGAUCAUCUGGGAAUCGCUGCAGAACCUCGACCCUCUGAUCCAAUUUCUCGACCAAGAUGGCUCACUAGAUAAUAUAAGGCCUCACGAACUAGUGAGUAAUUUCUAUCCCACCCCAUACCCUGCGCUCACGCGGCUACUCAAGAACUCUGAGCGUAUUGCGACAAACAAAGGGAGCUGGUCCACAGUCUACACCCACUCCAGCAUGAUCAAGCGGUUCAAUCACGAACUCAGCCACAACAGCAGUGCUGGAACUAUCCACCUUUGCCGCUUCCUCAUACAAUAUCCGCCGCCCUACGACGUCUUCCCUCACCUACGCUUUUUAAGUCUUCGCGGCCAUGGCACGCGGCAUUGCGACUUCUCUCCUCUCCUUGUGCUGCUUUCACCCGCCGUUGAAGUGCUUCAUAUCCCCGCUUGCCUUACGCGCUCUACCGAGGGGAUGAUCGGUCUUGCAGGCCAGUCGCCCAACGUCAAUGACCUCUCUCUGUCAAUGGCGCAGCCGCCUUCUCUCUCGCAGCAAGUAUUACUACGAGAGUUAAUCGCCAAGUUGACGCGUCUGAACAAGAUUACCCUGGAUAUCUACUACGACCCUGCGAUACUACUGCAGAUAUCGCAGAAGGAGUCGCUGAGCAGCUUGACUCUCGAGUUCAACCAUUUCCGGCGUCUCCUUGGCGGGGAUGCGGUCCUGGCUUGCCCCAUGGCGUCCCUCCCCCACCUCGAAAAGCUUACGCUAGGCGGUCUUCAUGUGGACGAGUCCAUAGCGCUGAUCCGCAGCUGGGACAUGCCGCGACUGCAGGAGCUCACCGUCGGGAAUCUGCCCUGUACCCCCACGCUAGAGGAGGUAAAAAUCCUCGUCGAGUACGUCUGCAAUUGUUGCGGCCACAAUACGCUCAGGGUUCUCGCCCUAGACCAAAGACCUGAGCUUUCGGAGUUCGCUUUGAUCUAUGAGGACUUACUCCCCCUCGCCUGCUUUGCACGCCUUACACACCUUACCAUUGGUGUAGCAUACGGCCCUUUGAUGAGUGAUGCAGACUACGCAACACUGUCAUCAUGGUGGCCCAACCUUGUGGUCUUGGACUUGAACGCGCUGUUUGUACACAGCACCGAUGACGAAGCAUUGGGGAUGCCCGCCACACUCGCUACGCUCCACGUAUUCGCCCGCUCUUGCCCGCAUCUGCAAAGCUUGUCACUCGCGCUCUCCAUCGACGAAAUUCCAGCAGAAGACAAAGGCCUCGUGAACGCGAGCGGCUGCCACCCUCUGCGGAAUCUCUAUCUUGGAAGCUCCCCAAUGCACGUGAAUGCCAUUGAUAUAGCUAGGUAUCUCAAGCAGCUCUUCCCCAAACUGCCUAUGGUCGGAUUCUAUGGAGAUAAUGCAUUCGAUCGGGCUGGCUUCAUAGAUUUAGAGAGUCCGUGGUGGAGUGUACGCAGCGCCAUGUUGUCCAUAGACCGCGAUGGUGAAUAG